AUGGAGCCAAUACCCACCCGGACUGAUCUGCACGUUCUACUUGCGCAUUACAAAGAGACUCACAACCAACUGCGUGCUAGGGAGGACCUGCUUCGUCGGCAAACUGCUGAGCAAGAGCAGAAACUCCGCGCAAAGGAUGGUGAGAUUGGUGAGCUGAAGCAGAAGAUUCGCAACUUGGAAGACAGGCAUUCAGCCGAGGCAACCAGACUACACUUUCAGAUCGGGAAUCUGGAAGAGCAAGUCAGAGAGCUCCGAGAGCUGAUUGCUGAAACCAAGAAAGCUAGAAGAGACGCCGAAGAGACCAAGUUGGUACUGGAUGCAGCCAUGAGGUCGUGGGAGGACAGGUACAAAGAGCUGGAAGAUGUGCAUCGCACGCUGGAGAGGACCUCUGCCGAGGAGAGGGAAAGAGCAUGGAGAGAUUUCGACGAAUGGAAGGAGGCCACGAACACGAAACACGAUGCGGAGAAGAUCGCCCUUGCUAUCCAAUUCGACAAAAAGCUGAAGCAAGCUGGGCAAGAUGCUGCCGAGGCGGCUGAGCUCAGGGCUCAGCUUCAGGCAGCUCUUGACCGAGAGCAAGAACUCAUCAGGGAGCGCGACGACCUUCAGAAGAUGCGAGAAGACUCAGAUCGCCGGGCUGGGGAAGAAGCAGCGAGAGCCGAUCAACUGGCGAGAGAGAAGGAUGAGCUGAUGAACUCGUUCGACCAACUCAGAGCCGAGAGUCAGAGGGAGAAGGAGGUCAUCAGAAGCGUUGCCAGCAACCUUGAGUCGGAGAAGUCUAGACUUGAGAAGAUGAUGGAAUGCUAUGGUGACAUCGCCGAGAUCAAGAGCAAGGGCGACAGCUACUAG